AUGGCGCAGUCGGCAACGGGCAGUGCCGAGGAAGUGGAGGAGGUGCCCGAAGUGCCUCUAGAGAAGACUUCACAACAGGAGGUUAACAUCGGUGGAUGUGUUCUUGUCGAAACCACCCUGUUGGAGCGCCUCCAUUCGCACUGCCAGGGGCCUACCAAGUUUGCCAGACAUCUCCUACGCAGCAUCUUCACAGUUGAGGAGAUGCGGGGCAAAUCAUUGUUCGGAAAAGGCAGCAAUGCUAACAAGAACGCCAUUGUGAAGGAGGCACUGGACCCAGUCAGGGUCAAUGCAGUGAUCGGCUACACAUGCAGCAAGCUUGCUACGACAACCCUGCACCUGAAGAAUAGCCUGUCUUCGAUGUUGGCUCGAGAGCUGAAGUAGAGAGAUUGUAUUAUAUCCA